CUCCUACACAGGGGUGCAGGGUGCUGAGGUUUGGGCCAGCCUCCGCUGCUUUCCUAGGCCAUAAGCAGGGUGCUGGAUGGGAAGUGGAGCAGCUGGGACACAAACUAGUGUCCAUAUGGGAUGCUGGUGCUUGCAUGGCAAGGAUUUAGCAGCUGAGCCAUCACACCGGCUGCACAGCAUCCACCAUAAAGGAGACGGUGGGACAGGCGCCUGGAACCAGAUGGCUGGAGACUGGAGCUACCCAUGCUGUCCAGUCCACCAGCUCACUAUGCAGAGACCUGACCAAGGGCCUUCGGGUCGCCGAGCCGCCCAGGUAGACCAGAGAAGAUCCCAAAGGUCUGUCUCUGCUAAGCACGAAGCCCUCUUGAUCCCUUUAAGACGGUGCAAAGGUCCCUUCUGCGGGGGACAGGGGUUUGCUAGGGCGGCGGGGCCAAAGCCGGAGCCGGCUCACCUGCUUCCCGCCAGUUGGGCCAGCCAGGCGGGGAGCCCCACCUGCGGACAGCGACGCGCGCCAACGAUGGCGGGGCGGGCCGGGCGACUGGGGGCCCGGAAGCCGGGGCCGAACGAGGAGGCGAACUUGGAGAGAGGACUGACCUGGGGGCCGGGGCGGAGCCGCGAGCAGCAGGGGAGGAGGCAGCUGGCGGCAGCGAGUGAGUGACUCCGCGCGGCCCAGGAAGCGAGCGCUGCGGCGGACAGGCAGGCUGGGCCGGGGGCUGCCCUCGACCCCCGAGCGCGACCUGCAGUCCCCCGCCCCCCCGCCAACCUCCAAGAUGAUGAAGAGGCAGCUGCACCGCAUGCGGCAGCUGGCCCAAACGGGCAGCUUGGGACGCACCCCUGAGACUGCCGAGCUUCUGGGCGAGGACCUGCUGCAGGUGGAGCAGCGACUGGAACCCGCCAAACGCGCAGCUCACAACGUGCAUAAACGGCUGCAGGCGUGUCUGCAGGGCCAGAGCGGCGCAGACAUGGACAAGCGGGUGAAGAAGCUACCCCUCAUGGCUCUGUCCACCACAAUGGCUGAGAGCUUCAAGGAGCUGGACCCUGACUCCAGCAUGGGGAAGGCCCUGGAGAUGAGCUGUGCCAUCCAGAACCAGCUGGCCCGCAUCCUGGCAGAGUUUGAGAUGACCCUGGAGAGGGAUGUCCUGCAGCCCCUCAACAGGCUGAGUGAGGAGGAGCUGCCGGCCAUCCUCAAGCACAAGAAGAGCCUGCAGAAGCUCGUGUCCGACUGGAACGUCCUCAAGAGCAGGCUCAACCAGGCAGCCAAGAACUCAGGCAGCGGUCAGGGGCUGGGUAGUGCCCCUAGUGGUCAUGGUCACACCACGGCAGCCAACAAGGUGGAGACGCUGAAGGAGGAGGAGGAGGAGCUGAAGAGGAAAGUGCUACAGUGCAAGGACGAGUACCUGGCCGACCUGUACCACUUCUCCACCAAGGAGGACUCUUAUGCCAACUACUUUAUUCAUCUCCUGGAGAUUCAGGCUGACUAUCAUCGCAGGUCUCUGAGCUCCCUGGACACUGCGCUGUCCGAGCUGAGGGAGAACCACAGCCAAGCAGACCCCUUGCCCUUGAUGACAGCCGCCACCUCCCCCAGGGUGUAUGGGGUGUCGCUGCAGGCGCACCUACAGGAACUGGGCCGGGACAUCGCCCUGCCCAUCGAGGCCUGUGUCCUGAUGUUACUCUCUGAGGGCAUGAAGGAAGAGGGCCUCUUUCGUCUGGCCGCCGGGGCCUCAGUGCUGAAGCGCCUUAAGCAGACCAUGGCCUCAGAUCCGGGCAGCCUGGAGGAGUUCUCUUGCGACCCCCAUGCAGUGGCAGGUGCCCUCAAGUCCUACCUGCGGGAGCUGCCUGAGCCCCUGAUGACCUUCGACCUCUAUGAUGACUGGCUCAGGGCUGCCAGCCUGAAGGAACCAGGUGCCCGGCUGGAAGCCCUGCAGGAAGUGUGUAGCCGCCUGCCCCCUGACAACCUCAGCAACCUCAGGUACCUGAUGAAGUUCCUGGCACGGCUGGCCGAAGAGCAGGAGGUGAACAAGAUGACGCCGAGCAACAUCGCUAUCGUGCUGGGGCCCAACCUGUUGUGGCCACCCGAGAAGGAAGGGGACCAGGCCCACCUGGACGCGGCCUCCGUGUCUUCCAUCCAAGUGGUGGGCGUGGUAGAGGUGUUGAUCCAGAAUGCAGACACUCUGUUUCCUGAAGACAUCAACUUCAACGUGUCAGGCCUGUUUGCGGCCCUGGCACCCCUGGACAAGGGCAGUGAGGGGCCAACUUUAGAGGACCUGCCAUUCACCGCUGCACCUGACUCUGCCCCCACCACCACCCCAGCUCCAGCUCCGGCUGCAGUCCCAGCCUCCAUCAGGGAAAGGGUAGACUCGGAGGCACCCCCCAGACCAGCCUCCCCUAAAGUCCACAGGAGCCCCCUGGAGGCCACAACCCCAGCAGAGGACGCGGCUCGGAAGACCAAGCGCCCAGCACCUGCACGACCCACGAUGCCACCACCCCAGGUGGCCAGCGCCCGGUCUUCUCCUCCAGCCGCACCACUGCCGCCUAGCUCCGGCAGCCCCGUCACGCCCCGAGCUCUGCCCCGAAGGUUGGUUGGCAGCAGUCUCCGGGCCCCCACAGUGCCACCCCCACUGCCACCUGUACCCCCACAGCCCGCCCGGCGUCAGAGCCGCAGGUCCCCAGCGUCCCCAGGGCUGGCCUCGCUCAGCCCAGUCUCCCUCAGUGGGCCUGUGCACAUGGACUUUGGGGUGGCCGGAGAAGAAGGAGGAGGGGCCCCUGAAGCUGUUGAGGGGGUCCCCACUUCCCCAGCUCUGCCACCCCAACCCCGACCCAGGAGCCUUGCCUCUGAGACUGAUUGAACAGGUGUGCCCUCCCUCUUUGCCUGCCGUGACCUCGCAGGACACAAUCCUUGCCUUUGUCCAUAAGUGCCUUGGUGCCCACUGGACCGGCCCCCACGGCCCCUGCAUGUCUUGAUCUUCUCCUAGGGGCCCCCUCCUUGCCUGACUCCCCACUCUGGCAGGAUCCCAGGGGAACCAGUGGAAGGAAGGAGGGGCUUGUCUCCUAGGGGAUUUAUUAUUUUUCUCUUGCCAACAUAUUUUUUUUUAUAAGGCUGGUCAAAUAAAUUAUUUUGGACAAAACUGGA